UGCCCGGCCCCCCCGCCACCGGAUUACGGAUGCCGCCAUCAUUAAUAGCUUGCUCAAGAAAGGAGACCUCGUCCUCUGUCCGGAAGGCACAACGAGCCGCGAGCCCCUGCUGCUGCGAUUCUCGGCCCUAUUCGCCGAGCUGAGCGACGAGAUGGUGCCGGUGGGAAUGGCGAGCAGAAUCAGCAUGUUUCACGGCACGGCGGCGAGGGGUUGGAAGGGCCUGGAUUCCCUCUACUUCUUCAUGAACCCGACGCCCGUCUAUGAGGUCACCUUUCUCGAUAAAUUGCCAGCCGACCAGACCUGCGGUGCCGGAAAGUCCAGCCAUGAGGUCGCCAAUUACAUUCAGAGAGCCAUUGCCGCCAAGCUUGGCUAUGAGUGCACCAGCUAUACCAGGAAGGAUAAGUAUAUGGCUCUCGCCGGCAACCACGGCUCCAUGUAUUGAUUAAUGGAAGAAGACUUAUUUGUUUUGGAAUUUGAGUGUGUGUUUACAUAUGUAAUAUUUAAAUUUUUCUUUUUUUUUUUAUGUAUUUAAAGCACACGAAUCUUUUAUAUUGACAAAAAUAUCAUAAGUUUUUAAUUUUUAAAUUGUUGAAAAACUUGUAUUUUGUUGCCAAGUUUUGUAAAUAAAUACAAAUUGAGUGGUAUCUGUGUAAAUCUUCUUGAAUGGAAUAGUACGGAGAUGAAUGGAUUGAAGCUGUUUUUUCCUCUGGCCGCAUAUUAGCCACA